AUGAUUCUCCAAAUAGUUCUUGUGUGCAUUGUGAGCUACAUUUAUUUUGCUUUACGGCCACCACAUGCUAAGAGAGUUUCCGCAUCUUCGAUCAAUUCCCCUCGAGUUAAACUAAGAGACGGUAGACAUUUAUCUUACAAAGAGCAAGGCGUUCCAAAAGAACAAGCUAUGUACAAGAUCAUUCUAGUUCACGGUUUUGGCGGCUCUAAAGACUUCACAAUCCCCGUCUCUCGUGAAAUUAUAGACAACAUGGGAAUAUACUUCUUGUCAUUCGAUAGGGCUGGUUACGGCGAGAGUGAUCCAUAUCCACGUCGUUCGGUAAAGAGUGAAGCAUUUGACAUUGAGGAAUUAGCCGACAAGCUAGAACUCGGAUCUAAGUUUUAUGUAAUGGGCAUAUCCAUGGGAGGAUACAUUGUUUGGAGCUGUUUGAAACAUAUCCCUCAUAGGUUAGCCGGGGCGGCUCUAGUGGUUCCGUUUGUGAAUUAUUGGUGGCGUUCGCUUCCGGCUGAUUUAGCGAAAGAGACAUUCGAAAUGUUGCUAGUUCAAGACCAAUGGACUUUUCGAAUAGCCCAUUACGCACCUUUUAUGUUCAAUUGGUGGAUGUCGCAAAAAUGGUUUCCUUCCUUAAGUUUGCUAGAGGAGGGAAAUAUUUCUAGCUUGUCUCCUAGUGAUAUUGAGAUAUUAAAAAACUUACCAACCACUCCUCCUCAAGUAAAGGAGAGGAUUCGUCAGCAAGGGAAUUAUGAGUCAUUGUAUCGCGACAUAUUAACCGGUUUUGGGGAAUGGGGAUUCGAUUUCAUGGAUGUAAACGAUCCUUUCUCGAAAGGCGAUGGAUCGGUUCAUAUAUGGCAAGGUCGGGAAGAUCGGAUAAUACCUUACCAAAUCAAUGGAUAUAUUUCAGAAAAACUUCCAUGGAUUAGGUAUCAUGAGAUUCCUGAUAUUGGUCAUUUACUUUUUAGUAAUGCCACUCUAUGUGAAGAUAUCUUGAGGGAGCUUUUGUUGUUUCCAUAG